CAGCUCCUACUCUGGUUCCAAUUUCAAGACAAUGGAACUGAAAUAAAAUAAACCGGUUUGAGAGUACAAGCUUUCGAAGAGUUGCCAUAAGAAAAUUUGGAGUGACAACAAAGAUUUCAAUGUAUGAGCGAGACUUGAGAGGUCUGCGAUUCCACUGGACUUUGUACAGGCACUUGUUUAUUAAGGAAUAAUUGAUCAGGAAUAACCAGUCAAGACUCAGUAGAAACUGGGAACGAUACAAAAAGGUGCCAUGACAAGAACUUACAAUGUGAAGACUCAGGUUUUUGCUACCUUGAGCAUUAGUGUGACUGGUUUUUGUACGGGAACGUACCAUUCCUUCAGUGCUGUGGUCAUUCCGAAAAUUAAGCGACCCCUCGAUGAGGGAGGCUGGAAUAUCUCUUUGGAACAAGGAUCCUGGAUUGCCAGUCUGUUCUUCAUUGGCACUAUCGUUGGAUCUUUAUUGGGUGGCACGUUCAAUCAAGCGAUCGGAGCCAAAAGAGUAAUUAAUCUCGUAUCACCCUUCAUAUUUGUGGCUUGGAUAUUGGCAACGUUAGCACAUUCUGUGGAGUUCCUGUAUGUUUCUCGAAUCUUGCUAGGCACAUGUUAUGGAAUAUUUUUGGCUGUCGCCACCACUGAAUCAAAAUAUCUGCAUGGAUCUUCAUCAAUUUCAGUCAAAGUUUACACGGCCGAGAUCACUCAUCCAGAUUUCCGAGGAGUCACCAGUGCAUUCUACUCGGUUCAACUUUCCACGGGUCUCCUGUACGGUUUUCUCUUGGGAUACUUUUUGGAGGAUUGGCGCUUAGUCACGGCCUUCAUGGCCCUCCCAUCCUUGGCCUUGUUCUUCUUGAGCCUGUUCAUACCGGAUUCUCCGUAUUGGCUCGUGGAGAAGAACCAAUGCGAAAAAGCUCGAAAGGAAUUGAAGAGGCUCCGAGGAUCAAGGAGUAAUUACGAGGCUGAAUUUCACGAGAUCCUAACCCGGAAGAGAGAAAAAGACACUCUGGAUAAUGAAGAACAAUCAGACUCCGGAAUGCGAUGGAUUUCAGUUGGUCGAUCAAGCCGAUUUUGGAAACCAUUUCUCAAAAUCGGAGUGUUGAUGUGCUUGAGCGAAUUGGCCGGGAUGAACGUUCUGGCCCAAUAUAUGGUGAUUGUCUUCGAUGAAUCCGGUUCCUCGGUUGCGCCCGAAUUGGCACCUAUAAUUGUGGCUAGUGUUCGCCUGGGGAUCGCUUGCAUUUCAACCGUGGUCCUUCGAUACUCACCCAGAAAACCUUUGUUUCUAUUAUGUUGCGUUGUGAUCUGCCUUAGUUAUGUGGCAAUGGGUUCCUUUACUUACCUCAAAUCCGACUUGGACGAGCACACCUCCAUUGGUUUCAUCUCGGCCUUUGGCUGGAUUCCCUUGACGUGUUUGGUGGCCAUACAAGGUUCCCAGACCAUAGGAUUUCUCUCCAUUAUCCAUUUUAAUCUUCAGGCCGAGAGUUUUUCAACGGAAAUCCGAUCUUUUGGGUGCGGAUUAUUGGGAGUGGUGACAUCAUUGGCUCGUUUCGCGACGACCAAACUUUUUCCCCAGAUGAUAAGUUGGUUUGGACUCUUUGGCGUGUUCUAUUUUUUCGCCGGAGUCAUGCUCGUCAUAUUAUGUUAUACUUUUGUCAUCAUGCCAGAAAAUAAAGGUCAAAGUUUGGUGCACACAGAAUCCAAGUUGAACGCCAAUAAACUUUGAAUUAAAGUA